GUGGAAGGAGUGCCCGUGGGCUAUAUAAAACCUGAGCUAGAGGACAGGCAGCCACGCAGUGGACAGCGAGUGGAGCUUUGCUUCCUCCCUCCGUGACCAGGGCCGGAGAACAGCAGGUGUAGCCACCCACCCAGAAACCAAACACCAUGUGCGACGAAGACGAGACCACCGCUCUCGUGUGCGACAAUGGCUCUGGCCUGGUGAAAGCUGGCUUUGCGGGUGACGACGCCCCCAGAGCGGUGUUCCCCUCUAUCGUGGGCCGCCCCCGACACCAGGGCGUCAUGGUGGGUAUGGGCCAGAAGGACUCCUACGUGGGCGACGAGGCCCAGAGCAAGAGAGGUAUCCUGACCCUGAAGUACCCCAUCGAGCACGGCAUCAUCACCAACUGGGAUGACAUGGAGAAGAUCUGGCACCACACCUUCUACAACGAGCUGCGCGUGGCCCCCGAGGAGCACCCCACCCUGCUCACCGAGGCCCCGCUGAACCCCAAGGCCAACCGUGAGAAGAUGACCCAGAUCAUGUUUGAGACCUUCAACGUGCCCGCCAUGUACGUGGCCAUCCAGGCCGUGCUGUCCCUCUACGCCUCCGGCCGUACCACCGGCAUCGUGCUGGACUCUGGCGACGGCGUCACCCACAACGUGCCCAUCUACGAGGGCUAUGCUCUGCCUCACGCCAUCAUGCGCCUGGAUUUGGCCGGCCGCGAUCUCACCGACUACCUGAUGAAGAUCCUCACGGAGCGCGGCUACUCCUUUGUGACCACAGCUGAGCGCGAGAUCGUGCGCGACAUCAAGGAGAAGCUGUGCUAUGUGGCCCUGGACUUCGAGAACGAGAUGGCCACCGCCGCCUCCUCGUCCUCCCUGGAGAAGAGCUACGAGCUGCCCGACGGGCAGGUGAUCACCAUCGGCAACGAGCGCUUCCGCUGCCCCGAGACGCUCUUCCAGCCCUCCUUCAUCGGCAUGGAAUCUGCGGGGAUCCAUGAGACCACCUACAACAGCAUAAUGAAGUGCGACAUCGACAUCAGGAAGGACCUGUACGCCAACAACGUCAUGUCUGGGGGCACCACCAUGUACCCUGGGAUCGCUGACCGCAUGCAGAAGGAAAUCACCGCGCUGGCCCCCAGCACCAUGAAGAUCAAGAUCAUCGCCCCCCCUGAGCGCAAGUACUCCGUGUGGAUCGGCGGCUCCAUCCUGGCCUCGCUGUCCACCUUCCAGCAGAUGUGGAUCACCAAGCAGGAGUACGACGAGGCCGGCCCCUCCAUCGUGCACCGCAAAUGCUUCUAAGCGCCCCAUCGCCCGGCGCGCGCACUCUCCUCAGGACGACAGGCUCAGGUCGCAGGGCUGCCCUUCCCCCGCGGGUAGCGUCAUCUGCGAGCGCUCCAUCGCUGCCACCGCACCUGUUCUUAACGUGUACAUACCUCAUUUUGUUAUUUUUAAAACAAAGCCCUGUGGAAGGAAGAGGAAAACUUGAAGCAUUAAAGUCAGGCAUUCUAUUUGCUGCA